AUGACCUCCUUUAUCUCUGAUGAAUUUCUGGCCUGGUUCAAGAAGGCAGGAGGGUGGUACAAUGAGAAACUGCUCGAUCUUAAGCCAUUCCCUGGAAUGGGGUAUGGUGCAGUAGCUAUAGAUGUUAUACCUGAGGAUACAACGCUAUUUCAUAUUCCUGAUACGUUGAUCUUAUCGCCCUAUACUUCUGACUUAUCCAAGCUUCUUUCAGAAGCAGAAUGGGAAACACUGUCCCAUGGUUGGUGUAGAUUGAUAAUGGUUAUGAUGUAUGAGACCGAGAGGGGUGACCAAAGUCGUUGGUCCGGCUAUCUAUCCAAUAUGCCAGAGGAAUUUGACACGCCUAUGAUGUGGAACGAUGAAGAGAGAUCAGAAUUGGAAGGUACUGAUAUUGAGGAUAGAAUAGGUAAAGAAGAUGCCGAGGAGGAGUAUAAGAGCUAUCUAUUACCAGUCAUCCAGGCGCAUCCGGAAUUAUUUCCCCCAUCUUCGUCGUCACAUACAUUAGCAUCAUUCCAUCUGCAAGGUUCACGUAUACUUUCAAGAUCAUUCACAGUACCUUCUUCCCGUUUCUCAGAUGACAUCUCUCCUCCAAAGGAUGAUUCGAGUGAUUUCAGUGAUGACGAAGACGAGCAAGACGAAGUUGCGGUGAUGAUUCCAUUCGCAGAUAUGUUAAAUGCUGCAUUCGAAAAGGAUAACGCUCAUUUGUAUACCGAUGAGGAGCUGGAUAUUGAAGGUUACACCUGGGAAAAAGGAUUCACAAUGAAAUCUACAAAAACAAUUGAUGGAAAUGACCAAAUUUAUAACACUUACUCGUCACCGCCUAACUCAGAACUGUUGAGGAAAUACGGUCACGUAGACAUCCUUCCUCUUUCUACGGAAUUAUUGGAUCUGCUGAGCGAGGAAGAGAUAAGAGGUUGGCCAUUUGGUAAUCCUGCGGAUGAGGUUCUGCUCGAGGGAACUCUGAUAGUAGACGCAGUUGAAAAAGUACUGGGCGGAAAAGCAGAUGAUAAAUGGAGAAAAUCAAAUGCGAAGAGAGUUGAUUGGUGGUUAGAAGAAGGACAAGAAGACAUGUUCCCGUUAUCCUUUUCACCGCAGUUCGACGACGAUCUCAUAGCUUUCAUCAGACUCUUACUGUACGAUCAUGAAUGGUUAAGAGCCAAGAAAAAGGGCAAAUUGCCCACAACAGUCCUCGACAAUGAUGUUGCUUCGGUCAUUGUAGAAGCCCUGAGCAGAAGAAAAUCGAGGUAUACAGGGGAUAUUAAUUCUGACGUAGAGAUGAUCGCUUCCGUGUCAGUGGAGCACAUCCCUAAACCUUCUGCGCCUACUGCUGUCGUUUCGGCUGAUAACAUUGCCGCCAACUCGCCAAGUGUGGAUGCUAAGACUCUGCGUAAAUGUUAUGCCGCAAUUGUAAGAUUAGGAGAAAAGAGGAUAUUACACUCGGCACUUCGUAUAGCGCAGAGUCACCUCCCACAGAAACGUAAAGCAGAUGCGGACCUAUCACGUUAG